AUGGCGGGUACUGCGUUGCUGAAGGUGUCUGUAGAGAUGCUGUUAGACAGCAGAAUCCAUUUAAGAAUUACUGUGGCACCAUUUACAAUUCCUCAGUUAGUGGAGCAACCCUCUCCCGAAGCGUGCUGUGCCGAGCCGGCAGCGUGCGGGAGGGAGCAGGUGCCUGAUGACGGACCUCCACUGGCCAUGCUGCCGGCUCCCAACACAACAGCUGAUGGCAAUGGCGGACCUCGGAAUGUGGCUGCAGAAGACUACUUUUGGUACACUUCCAGAUGUGCUACAUUAUUUUCUCUUUCUGUGUUUCAACAGGCCUUGAAUAGGGGCAUCGCUGCUGUCAAGGAAGAUGCUGUGGAAAUGCUGGCCAGCUAUGGGCUGGCAUACUCCCUGAUGAAGUUCUUCACGGGUCCGAUGAGUGACUUCAAAAAUGUAGGUCUGGUGUUUGUGAACAGCAAGCGAGACAGGACCAAAGCAGUUUUGUGCAUGGUUGUGGCUGGCGCUGUAGCUGCUGUAUUUCAUACCUUAAUAGCAUAUAGCGAUUUGGGGUAUUACAUUAUUAAUAAGCUGCACCAUGUGGAUGAAUCAGUGGGAAGUAAAACUCGGAGGGCCUUCCUUUAUCUUGCUGCCUUCCCUUUUAUGGAUGCCAUGGCAUGGACCCAUGCUGGGAUUCUGCUGAAACACAAGUACAGUUUCCUAGUGGGAUGUGCCUCCAUCUCAGAUGUCAUAGCUCAGGUUGUUUUUGUAGCCAUUUUGCUUCACAGUCACUUGGAGUGCAGGGAGCCUCUCUUGAUCCCAAUCUUGUCCUUAUACAUGGGAGCACUUGUCCGAUGUACCACCCUAUGCCUCGGAUACUACAGGAACAUACAUGACGUCAUUCCUGACAGAAGUGGGCCUGAAAUGGGGGGAGAGGCUACAAUAAGGAAGAUGCUGAGUUUCUGGUGGCCUUUGGCGUUAAUUUUGGCAACUCAGCGAAUAAGUAGGCCCAUCGUCAACCUUUUUGUCUCCCGGGACCUCGGUGGCAGUUCUGCAGCCACAGAGGCAGUGGCGAUUCUGACAGCCACGUAUCCUGUGGGACACAUGCCGUAUGGCUGGCUGACAGAGAUCAGAGCCGUAUACCCUGCUUUUGACAAGAAUAACCCCAGCAAUAAAUUGGUGAACACCAACAGCACCGUCACAGCGACACAUAUCAAGAAGUUCACUUUUGUUUGCAUGGCAUUGUCCUUAACGCUGUGUUUUGUGAUGUUUUGGACGCCAAACGUGUCAGAGAAGAUUUUAGUUGACAUAAUUGGAGUAGACUUCGCUUUUGCAGAGCUGUGUGUUGUUCCUUUGCGCAUCUUCUCCUUCUUUCCAAUUCCAGUGACGGUCAGAGCGCACUUGACGGGUUGGCUGAUGACUCUAAAGAAGACAUUUGUGUUGGCACCCAGCUCAGUGCUGCGGAUCAUCGUCCUCAUCACCAGUCUGAUUGUGCUGCCUUACUUGGGAGUUCACGGAGCCACUCUUGGAGUAGGAUCCCUUUUAGCUGGUUUUGUGGGAGAAUCCACCAUGGUUGCAAUAGCAGCCUGUUACGUCUAUCGGAAACAGAAAAAGAAGCGGAAUGAGAAUGAAGCAGCUACAGAAGGUGAAGACUCCGCCAUGACCGACAUGCCUCACACAGAGGAGAUGACAGACAUCGUAGAAAUGAGAGAAGAGAAUGAAUAAUAAACGGGAUGCAAUUGUUCUCUGCAGGGACGAUUGGAGUGACACUUCCGCAUCUUGUCGUCUCUCAUACUUUUUUGUUUGUUCAUUUUUAUUUUUGUAAUAAAGAGGCCUUGAUU